AUGGAGGCUGUGACGGACGAGCCGUUCAGCGACGCCGUUAUGGCCUGCCUCCCGGCCACGCCGUGGAGCAUUAGUAACGAUGAGAUCAUGCGCCGGCGGGAUCUGCGAUCCACUAGGAUCUGCAGCAUUGACCCGCUUACCGCGCGAGACCUGGACGACGCGCUAUCCAUCGAGCCGCUGCCGGCCGGCGGCGGCUGGCGCGUCGGCGUGCACAUCGCGGACGUCGCGCAUUUCGUGGCGGCCGGCUCGGCGCUCGACAAGGAGGCGCAGGAGAGGGGCACGAGCGUUUACAUGGUCGACCGUGUCAUCCCCAUGCUGCCGCGUCUGCUCUGCGAGGAGCUGUGCUCGCUCAACCCGGGCGUGGACCGGCUGACAUUCUCGGUGAUCUGGGACCUGUCAGACGACGGGCGGGUGCUGAGUCAGUGGGCGGGACGCACCGUAAUCCGCACCUGCGCCAAGCUGGCGUACGAGCACGCGCAGGCCAUGAUCGAGGGGACCUUCGACACCGCCAAGCCCCCUGUCGCCCUCUCCAGACCCCACACAUGGCCCCAAGUUGUCGGGGACGUGCUGGCGCUCCACCGAAUUGCGGCGGCGCGGCGAAGGGAACGUUUUGAGAACGGGGCGCUCCGACUGGACAACGUGAAAUUCAACUUCACGCUCGACGCCGAUGGCAACCCCUGCGAUGCGCAGCCCCACGUGCAAAGGGAGGCGAACCAGCUGGUGGAGGAGUUCAUGCUGCUGGCCAACAUGAGCAUAGCUGCCCUCAUCGCGGGGGCGUUCCCUGACCGCGCCCUCCUGCGCCGCCACCCGCCCCCGCACCAGCGCAAGAUGGAGGAGCUCGCCGCCACCGCCGCCGGCCUGGAUGUGAAUGUGGACGUCGGAUCGGCUGCGUCGCUGCAGGCGUCGCUGGCGGCUCUGCGCGGCCACCCGGACCCGCGCAUGCUCGACAUCGUGCAGCUGCUCGCCACCAAACCCAUGCAGCUGGCGCGCUACUUCUGCACGGGCGAGGUGGAGGACCCUGCUGACUGGGCUCAUUACGCACUCGCGCUCCCCGAGUACACCCACUUCACGUCCCCCAUCCGCCGCUACCCCGACAUCCUCGUGCACCGCCUGCUCGCAGCAGCGCUCAAGCUUGGUGAGUCAGUGAUGACUCAAACUUACCUGCCUGACUGGUGCGAGCAGCAGGGCCUGCUGGCCACCAAGGCGUGCGCUGACGUGGCUGCCCACUGCAACGACCGCAAGCAAGCCGCCAAAAUGGUCCAAGAGGCGAGCUCGCGGCUGUACCUGGCGGUGCUGCUGCGGCGGCGGCCGGUGCUGUGUGAGGGCGUUGUCAUGGGUCUCAACGGCGCGCGAUUCCUAGAUGUUUACGUCCCCGACAUUGGCAUCGAGCUGCGAAUCCAAGUGGAGGACAUCGCGCCGGCACCCGUAUACGGCGACUGGGACGCCAAAGCCAAGUGGGUGCACUUGCUCUUGGUGGCAUAG